CUCUAGCAUUGCUUGGACACAUCAGCAAUUGGCUAAGUCAAGAGUUAUGACCUUGAAAUGAAGACGUGGAAAGUGAUAGGCUGCCUGCUGUUGAUAUGGCUGGGAAUUAUGGUGUACAUGUCAAACAUCCUGUUUCAGUCCUCUGACAGCAACCCCAGUGAUAUUGAACGACAACUUAAGCGAGCACUCCGGGAACUAGAUAAACUUAAAGCACAAAAUGAUGAAUUCAGGGGUUUAGUGGCUGAUAUUAAAAAUCAGAUUAAAACAGAAAAUUCUGAGUCUGAUUUAGGAAAAAAGGUGGAGCUCAGAAAACCUAUCGCUGUAGCCAGUUCUAAAGUUUGUGAAGCCCCUGGACCUUCGCUUCAACACGAACAAAGGAGACGUAAAAUCGAAAAUGAUGUAGUAGAGUUUUGGUACUACAUGCGUUCUGAACUGAAGAAGCUAAAGAUCAGUUCGAAAGGGGACAUAAUACAUUUGGUAGACAAAGCCCUCACAGAUGGAGCUGAUUAUCAAAAAACGAUACAUAAGGACUUUCAUUCACUGAGGAAUGUUGAUAAUGUUGGUGAAUUGAUGAAAAAGGAAUCAGAGGAACUUGGUCAGCUUGUCCAACGAAGGUUUAAAUACCUUCAGAAUCCAAAGAAUUGUGAUACAGCUAAAAAAUUGGUAUGUAACUUGAGCAAAGGAUGUGGGUACGGAUGUCAGCUCCACCAUGUAACCUACUGUAUGAUGGUAGCCUAUGCCACACAGAGAACCCUAGUUCUGGAAUCCAGAGGCUGGCGUUAUGCCAGCAGUGGCUGGGAGUCCGUGUUCUUGCCUCUAAGUGAGACAUGCAGAGACAAAAAGGGUAGCAGCUCCAGGCCAUGGGCAGAUCCUGAUAUAAUUCGUGACACACAAGUCGUUGAGAUGCCCAUCGUUGAUAGUCUACACCCAAGGCCAAAUUACCUCCCCUUGGCCAUCCCAAAGGACUUAUCAGAGAGACUCCAGCGUCUACAUGGUGAUCCAGCAGUAUGGUGGAUCGGUCAGUUUGUCAAGUACCUGACCCGUCCUCAGCCUCGGCUACAAAAAGAUCUGGAUAAUGCCAAAACAAAGCUUGGAUUCACUAAACCCAUUGUAGGGGUCCACGUGCGGCGAACAGACAAAGUGGGUACAGAAGCAGCAUUCCACAGUAUAGAUGAAUACAUGCUUUAUGUGGAUGAAUACUAUGACAGGUUGGAGGCGAGGGAAUCUGUCCAGACCCGCAGAGUCUUCCUUGCUUCAGAUGAUCCAUCUGUCCUGCCAGAUGCCAAAUCAAGAUACCCACACUAUGUGUUUAUAAGUGAUUUAGAAAUUACAAAGUCGGCAGGACUGAACAAGCGAUACACAGAUCAUUCUCUGCAUGGCAUCAUCAUGGAUAUACAUUUCCUGUCUCUGUCUGACUACCUUGUCUGUACUUUCUCCUCUCAGGUAUGCCGUGUUGCUUAUGAGAUGAUGCAGACAAUGCAUGCUGAUGCCUCUUCCUAUUUCAAAUCCUUAGAUGACAUAUAUUAUUUUGGUGGACAGAAUGGACACCAUAUGGAAGUUUUAGAAAAACACAUUUCAAAACAGCCAAAAGAAAUAGAUAUGGAGCCUGGUGAUUCUGUUGGUAUAGCAGGUAAUCACUGGGAUGGAUUUUCUAAAGGAAUGAACCGAAGGACAGGAAAGGAUGGAUUAUUCCCGUCUUAUAAAACGCAGAGUAAGGUUGUCAUUGUGGAUCUUCCAACAUAUCCAGAGGCAGAUGAAGUAAGCCAGGACAAUUAA